CCCACCACGAGGAGCAGCCUGAGCAGUAGGAGCACCUCGUCCGCCACGUCCACCGCGAGGAACCGAAGGUCUCGCCCUACAGACAACCAAUUGCAUUUGGGAAUUGGGGAAAUUGGAAAUCGUGGUGGGCUGGUGGCAUGGAGAGGCAACAUGUCCGGGGGAGAGGCGGCGGAGAGGGCAGCACGACCGGUGAGGUGGUGCGGACCGGGGAAGAGG